GAAGCCUCGAGCUCAGGCUGCUUCCUUGCACGCAGUUGGAAGGAUCCAGACUCAGAGACGGACUGACCUGAAGACCUCCGCUGUGCAGCCAUGUUUCUCUACCUUCUGGCCCUGGUGGUCGUCUUCUACGUGUACCGCUGGAUCAGAGAGCUGCCCAGAGUGUCCGACGUGGGCAGCAAGUAUGUGUACGUCACGGGCUGCGACAGCGGCUUCGGGAACCUCCUGGCUCGGCACCUGGACAAGAAGGGCUUCCGAGUGAUCGCCUCGUGUUUCACCGAGAAGGGGGAAGAGGAUCUGAGGAAGGCGUGCUCCAGCAACCUCACCACCACUCACCUGGAUGUCAGGUCGAAGGAGAGCGUGGCCAAAGUGGCGGACAUGAUCAAGACCAAAGUGGGGGAGCGAGGACUUUGGGCUGUGGUGAACAAUGCUGGUGUUUCCGUCCCCUCUGCUCCGUGCGAUUGGCUGACCAUUGAUGACUACAAAUCCAUGCUGGAUGUGAACCUGAAUGGGGUGGUCUCCGUGACCCUGAGUGUCCUGCCGCUGAUAAAGAAAGCCAGGGGCAGGGUGGUGAAUGUGGCCAGCGUGUUCGGGAGGAUCAGUGUCACCGGCGGUCCGUACACUAUCUCCAAGUACGGCGUCGAGGCAUUCAAUGACAGCCUCAGGUUGAAUAUGGCUCCUUUUGGUGUCAAAGUCCUCUGCAUCGAGCCGGGCUUCUUCAAAACAAACGUGACCGACACUGCCAUCCUGAGCAAAAACGUCCAAACGCUGUGGGACCGACUGCCCCAGGACGUCAAAGAUGACUACGGCGCUGAAUAUCUCCAAAAGUCGCUGGCAGUGAUAUCGGACAAAGUCGCCAAGAUGAGCGAUGCAGACCUGAUGAAGGUGGUCCACUGCAUGGAGCACGCCGUGGCGGCUGUCCGGCCUCGCACACGCUACUCCCCCGGCUGGGACGCCAAGUUUUUCUGGCUCCCGCUGUCAUACAUGCCUUCAUGUGUCAGUGAUUACAUCAUGCUGAAGGAGGGCAUUCCCAUCGCCAAGCCGAUAGAAUAACUUUGACCUAAAGAGUUCUUUGUAAUACAACAAAUGGUAUGAAGUUGUUAGCUGCACCUAAAUAGAAUGAUUUUGUUUGAUCUGGUUCAUGCAUCAUCUCUGUAUGUGCUGCUUACGGUCCCCUGAGUAAACAAUACAAUUUAAAGAAU